AUGUGAGCUAAACAAAAAUAAUUUUACAAAACACUAAGUAAUCCUCGGGUUAAAGAUAGCUUAUCUUAACGGCUUUCCCGCUUCGCUUCUUCUAUUUCGCUUCUUUUAACCAUCGUAACUCUUGGAAACAGGUAACAAGAAUCCCGCUGCAUUGACAUUUUUGUUUCACCGAUAACGGAAUAGCUUCAUGUGUUUUCUCAACAAAGGCUAUCAUCAUUUCCCCCUGUAAGUUACCCCCCUUGGUGGUUAGAGCUGAUAAAAAUCGGGAUGUACUCGUUCUAAAGCAAUAGUAGCUGUUAGAUUUAUAAAGUCCGUCUUUCAUUUCUACCAAGUAGUCGUCAUCAGAACUGAUAUUGCUCAUUGUUUUUCCAAACAUAUCAGUUCAAGUUUGGCAGCAGGUUGUUCUCAGUGAAUGCAGUGACAUUCCAGAGAAACCCAUCAACUUUGUGUGGACAGAGUGAUCUAUUUCCAAUUACAGCUGACGCAGUCUUAAUCUGCAAUCUGUUCGAAGUUUUUUCUACAAUGGAGCUUGCUAAGAAGUGUCCGUUUUUGGCUCGUGUUCCCUCGUCUUUCGUUCGCAAAGCGAGGGGACCAGUGCUCGUCUCGUACGCCGAGCGUUGCCCCGUGAUGUCGGAGGUUUUGAACAAAACCGAUGAAAUUCCUGAUAAGAACGAAGGAGCCAAGACUCACGGAGCUGCGACAUCGGCUAAAGCUGGUAAAUGUCCAGUUAUGCACAAUGCCACUGAGGUAAACAAUAAUGAACUUGUUACCUGCGCCUGUGAAUAUCAGGAAGGAACUGGGAAGAAGGACACGACCCUAGAGUCAGCUGGGAAAUGUCCUUUCUCAAGUGGCAAGUUAGUUGUGGAUGCUGUGCAAAAAAUCCACCCCACCCCUGCAAUGAUAGCUGGAAAUGUUUUCCCCCAGGUCACUGGUGUGCGGCAACUGGUCACCAUGCCCCUUGCUGUUCAAGGUCCUGCACCCAGCAUUGAAGCCUUCCAAUCUCACUUUGAUUAUGAUCGAUUCUUUUUGGAUGAGAUUGAGAAGAAGAAGAUGGACAAUACUUAUCGCAUCUUUAAGAGGGUGAACCGUCUGGCUGAGACUUUUCCUCUGGCCAAGGAUUACAGAGAUUCUUUAGAUGGAAAAGAUGUGUCAGUUUGGUGCAGUAAUGAUUAUCUGGGGAUGAGCCGCCACCCGGAGGUGUUGAAAACUGCGAGGGAAACCAUUGACAAGCAUGGUGUUGGUGCUGGUGGCACCAGAAACAUCUCUGGCACAAGCAGUUAUCAUGAAACCUUGGAGAAAAAAUUGGCCGAAAUACACAAGAAGGAGGCAGCACUGCUCUUUACCUCUUGUUAUGUAGCCAAUGACACCACUCUGUUCACUCUGGCCCGUCAACUACCAGGCUGCCUGAUUUUUUCUGAUGCUGGCAACCAUGCCUCCAUGAUCCAGGGUAUUCGCAACAGUGGAGCGAAGAAGUUUAUCUUCCGUCACAAUGACGUAGAGCACCUGGAGCAGCUCCUGGAACAAGCAGACCCUGAGGAGCCAAAGAUCGUGGCAUUUGAGACUGUGCAUUCCAUGACAGGAGAUGUGUGUCCAUUAGAAGAGCUGUGUGAUGUGGCACACAAGUAUGGUGCUUUGACCUUCGUGGAUGAGGUUCACGCGGUGGGUAUGUACGGUGACAACGGUGCAGGCAUCGGGGAUCGGGACAACAUCUUGCACAAGAUGGACAUUAUCAGUGGCACCCUCGGCAAGGCCUUUGGGUCCAUUGGUGGGUACAUUGCUGCAUCCGCUGCUCUUGUUGACAACGUGCGCAGCUAUGGGUCUGGUUUCAUCUUUACCACCUCUCUUCCUCCGGUGACCGUGAACUCUGCCAUUACAUCCGUUAAUAUUCUGGCCAGUGACGAAGGACGCCGGUUGCGCGAAAAGCAUCAAAGUGCCGUGCGCACCCUGAGAAACAAGCUGGUGAAAGCUGGUCUUCCUGUGGUGUAUGCUCCGAGUCAGAUCAUACCCGUGCAUGUUGGUGAUGCCGCCAAGUGCACAGCCAUAUCCAACGAGAUGCUGACCAAAUAUGGCAUGUACGUCCAGUCCAUCAACUACCCAACAGUUGAACGCGGCAAAGAGAGGUUGCGUAUCGCUCCCACUCCUGAACACAAUGAAGCCAUGAUGGACAAGUUCACCGAAGCUCUGGUCAAGGCUUGGAAGGACAACGGGAUGCGUUUUUUGACCCCCCAUUGCACCACUGCUUGCGACUGCCAAGAGCGCUGCAUCACCUAUGGAGAGCUCGAUUGCAACAAGUACGCUUCCCAGGUUGGCGCCUAAAUUGCCGGCCAAUAUAGCUCUCCGAAUCGACUUCUCCAGUGGGCUUGUAAAGCUCUUAAAAUGAAACUAUACUAUUGAAUUUUUCAAAUGUAAUUUUCUGGAGAAAAUUGAAAUAAUCAUACAUUGAAAGAACCAUGUUCUUGUGUUUGUGUGUUUGCUGUUUACUUUGUUCCAACUUCUUUUUGUUUCCUUAUAACUUUUGUAGCCCUGUAUUCACUAAAUUUCUGCUAAGACUUCAAAAUAUGUGUAUCUUUGUGCUGACUGUUUUCAAUUCUGAACCAAAUAUGUUGAGUUCUAUUGGCUUCGACACCUUAAUCUACUCAAAGAUGCCAUCCUUAUGCCAUUUGAAACCAAGAAUGUCUGUUGCGUCGUAUGUUAGCCUUUUCCUGUUGGUGACUGCCUUUAUGCCGGCACAGAGCGUGCCACUGAAUUGCUUUGACGCAAGAUGUCCCGAGUUACUCGCAAGUAUUACCUUUGAAACCAAUAUCUACUUGACUUGUUACGCUCAAAGAAUUGUGACUGCCCUUAUGCCAAGACUGUAAAAACAGCGAGUUUUUCUUGCUGUUAUGUACUGCAACGCUGUUGCUGGAAACAUCCUGUUUGGAGACCGUCGGUGUAUCUUGCUUUCUAAAGAGGUGAUGGCACUCAUGCCAAAGCACGUGACCGUGUCAUUACGUAUGCUUUUCCGUACAAAAUGGACCACAAAGCUGGUUCUGCCUGUGAAAAAGAAGCCCUUAUACCAAACGGUCAACGACGCUAGUGAACUUAUGGUCGUUGCCAAACUGUGGAGUCCAUUUUACGAGACGUGGUCUUUGACGUGCCAACUGAAGAGAAUUGAAAAGUUUCGUUAAGCAACGGUGUUAUUAGAUUAGAUUAAUGGGGUGGCUGCCGUUUAUGCCAAAGCCAUUUCGGCUUCUUACAGAGUGGACAAGUAACUUAGUGACACUGCUAUGACACCACAGCUAUCAAAUGGAACUCCCAGGUAUAGAUGAAUCGAUUCGCGGGAGGAAGACACGUAAAAUGGUGGGAGUUUUACAGGACAUCGAGCGAACGAUGACGGUUUUGGGAUUUCCAUUUGGUAUCUGUAAUGACCCUCUCUCAUUGUUCAGUAGUGCAAAGAGCGCACAAGUCAACGAGGUUUAAUUCGGAAAGUGAAUUCUAACGGAUUUGCGGUUCGCAAAGAAAGAUACUGGUGCGAAGACUUUGGGAUGCCACGCCUGUAUCACCUAAUUCCAUUUUAGUAUUUUUUUUUUUUCUUUGCAUACUUCUAUAACAGUACAGCUACUAAAUGGAACCUCCGGGUGUAGUUGAAUCGAUUCGCAGGGAGGAAGUAGAGUAAAAUGGGGAGAGUUUUAAAGGAAUCACGAGCGAACGAUGAAGGCUUUCGGGUUUCCAUUUAGUACCUGCGCUGCGUCUCGCCAAUUUAUAAGCAGAAGAAGAAGUUUACAUGUCUAAGGAGCUAUAUUCGGAGAAGCAAUUUUAAUGGAUUUGUCGCUAGUGAGAAAAAAAAAUCGGAUAUGUCCUUGAUAAGAAAUCGGUGUUGGUUUUGGAAGAUAGUGUUAAUUUUAGUGGAUAGAGGUUAGCUGAAGUCUUUCUUUUUUUUUUUUUGAGUGAAACUUAGGACUCAACCUUACCAAUUAAAAUGUUGUACUUUCAUAGC